CGUGGCUGCACAAUAAAAGUACACAAACAUUCCAUGUACCUUACUAUACACUAUCACUUCUCCUAAAACGAAAUGGCUUUACUGUACCCACACUAACUACUUAUAUAUGCACCAAAUUCCCGCUUUAAACCCAAUUCGUUUUCAACGAACUUCCACAGAAUGCAUCCCUUUAUUCUGUACACCGCCCUCGUCCUCUGCGCCACCGCCUGCACCGCCACGACCUUCGGCGUCACCUACAACCCAUCAAUUCCCAACAUCUCGCCGCCUGAAAAAGUGGCCUCCACCCUCCAUCGCCUCCAUAUUCAGGCUGUCCACCUCCUCUACCCCACUCCGGCUGCCUUGCGAGCCUUUGCCAACACCAACAUCUCCCUCCUCCUCUCCGUCCCCAAUUACCUUGUCUCCUAUUUCGCCGCUAGCGGCUCCGCCGCUACUACCUGGCUCUACUCCCACGUCCUCCCCUUCCACCCCGGUACCCGCAUUUCACUUAUCUCCGUCGGCUCUGACGUCAUCGCCGCCACGGCUAAUUUUUACGCCGCCUCCGAUCCUACCACCACCCUCGUCACGGCAAUGAAAAACCUCCAUUUUGCCCUCCGAGAUCUUGGCAUUCACUCCAUCCCUGUUUCCACCACCUUGUCCUUCAUCAACGUUAUGACGACUUCGUUUCCUCCAUCCUCCAAGGAGUUCCAAGUACCGGACAAUUCUUUGAUUAUCACACCAUUGCUACAGUUCUUGAAUGAAACCAACUCUUCACUUUUGAUCAAUUUGUACCCACACAUUACCUAUAGAAUGGGUUCCGAAAUCGCACGGUACGCUUUGUUCCAAGAACAUCCGUUUAAUUUCUUGGAUGACACCGUCACCGGUGUCCACUACAUGAAAAUAUUCGACAUGAUGGUGGAUGCUGUUAUAGCUACGAUGGCAGAUUUGGGCCAAGAGAAUAUUCCAGUGAUCGUGACAGAAACCGGGUGGCCAAAUGAAGCCGAGUCUGAUGCUACCGGAAACUAUGCCAAGAUGUACUUGAAGGGGUUGCUGACGCAUUUGAGCCUGAGGUCAGGAAUGGGGACUCCAUUGAAGAAAGAAGGGGUUGCUGAGGCUUACGUUUAUCAAUUGUUUGAUGAAAUUGAUCUAAAAAAGAGCAGUAAUAGAAAUGGUACUAGCAUUUCAAGGAGUCGAUGGGGAAGGCAGAAAUGGGGAAUUAUGCAUCUCAAUAUGACUUUGAAGUACGGCCCGUACAGGAUUGAUUUCCAGUUUGCCAAAGGAUUCUUGGAAUUGGUAAUAGCUUUGUUCAUAUGCUUCAUGUGUUGCAUGUUUCUAGAAUAGACACACAGAAUUUCCACUGCCUUGUAUGGGCAUCGAGAAUUGUUUUGCUAGUCUUUCUAGUUUCUACUCUGUUAGUUUUGACGUCAUCUGAUUC